UAAAGACGAGGAAAUCUCGACAUUAGAGAAGUUGAUUUAAUUCAGACAGAACAGAAAAUGAAUCUUUGCGUUGACUUGUUAUGUGUUCUCCAGCUUUGUGUCACAGAUCAGUGGAGACAGCAGCUGUUUGUGUCUGAAUCCCACUGAUCUGAGCCUCAGGGACACUGAGCUGCAGUGUCAAGGACUAAUCACCACAGUGAAUCACAAUGAGCUCACAUUUAACAUCUCAGCCACUGUGACUGUGAGUGGGAUAUACUUGAGUGUUUUCACUCCAUGUCACCCCUCUGGACCCAUGGUAACCCCACAGCCACCAGCCAGCUGCGUUAGAGGUUUCAGUGGAACAAGUACAGAUUUCACACUCCCAUUCCUGCUGUAAGCUGAUAGGAGUGAAAAAAGGCUGUGGGGCUGCAAACUGCUCUCAUGGCAGACAGGGUAUGGGGGACGCACUUAAUUCAACAUAAACUCACCUCACCAAGCGUGGAAGGAAAAAUUACAAAUAGAACCGUGGUCCAGCAGGAGAGAGGAGACAUUCUUCUUCUUUCAGUGAAUUGAUACAAACUUCCCCUGAACACAGCUCACAAAGCAGCUCACAACAACAUUAAAGAAGUUCAGCUUCAAGGUCAAAGCCAUUAGUGUUGGUUCAGUGGAGAUUUGCUUUGAAGACUUUAAAACCAUUAAGACACAACAAACAAUGAAAACAGUUUUGCAUGAAAUGUCCCUGUAAGCCCCUAAGCAUGCAGGCUAAUUGACUUUUUAAUGGAACCCCAAGGCCUGAUAGAGCCUACAACACCUUGUGGUGUCCGUCAACUUGUCUGCAGCAGCCCAGCUGUUCUCCCACAGGAAAAAGUCGACAUCAUCCCCCAUGUGGGCAAAUCCAGCCUUUCCACGCGCCAAUCACAUUGCGCCUUUAACCGAGAGGAGAUGCGCAGCGCAGCCUCUCCGUGCACACUGAUCCAAACUCCGCCGGACAACUGUGGAGCAGCUGCGCAACUGCGACACAACCGCGCACUCUGAGGCUGAGCUCGGUGCGACAGCAGCUCACCAGAGAAACUUUUUUUGGAUAAACGUCUUUUUGUGGGGGGGGGGGAUCUGCAUAGACCGACAACCGGGAUCCGACAAGUAAAUGGGACAACGAGAAUCGCGACAACUUGAAUCGCUCCAGCUGCGCGCGCGGUUCAGUUUGGCCAACUUUGUGCCGUAGCACCAUCCGACCAGCCUCAGUCCGAGAGGCAGCAGCACAGGAGGCGGCUGGAUGUGGCAGGAGACGGGUCACUGAGCUGCAACGAGCCGUGUGCGAGUUUCCCCACUGCCCAACUCUCCAAUGUCACCGGACAGGAUGAUGAUCAUUGGACUUCUGCUCAAUGUCUUCUCUCAGGGUAGCGCUCCAGUAUCUGCAUCCUUAGAUUGUCUGGUGGCGGAGCAGGGCUGCAUUCAAGAGCACUCCUGCAUGGUUCUCUACCGACUGCUGGAGUACUGUGCGGCCGAGGAGGCGGUGUCGCCGCUUGGCCCGAAUGCCCGUCUGGAGUGCCUGGAGGCCCAGAACUCUGUGCAGAAGUACCGCCCUCUUCAAGUAUGCAAGUGUCAGCGUGGCUCUCGCAGGGAGGAGCACUGCCUGAAGGUCUACUGGACUGUGAGAUUUGGAGCAUACGAUGAGUAUGAGGUGUCUCCAUAUGAAGAACUGGAGUUGAAUCUGGUGAGAAACAUUGAGAUGUCGCGCAUGGCCUCCAUCAUGGCAGCUUCCACUCUUUCUGUGGACGGCCAGAACCAGUGUCUGAAGGCAGCUCAGGAUUGUGGCCUGUAUGAAAAGUGUGGCUCCCUGCGGUCAGAAUAUGUCGUGGCCUGCACCAAGAGAGCUGCGGUCUCUGAGAACAACUGCAACCGCCAGAAAUGCCACAAAGCCCUGCGGCGCUUCUUGGAGCGCGUACCGGAGGAGUACAGCCUCGCUCUGCUCUUCUGUCCCUGCUCUGACACUCUGUGUGGGGAGCGCCGGAGGAAAACCAUCGUCCCGUCGUGUUCCUAUGAGGAGAAUGUGAAAGGGGAGGAAAGAGUGGGAAAGCCUAACUGCCUCAGCCUGCAGAACUAUUGCUCCAGAGACGAGCUUUGUAGAUCACGGUUUGCUGAUUUCCAACACAACUGCCAACCCUCCCCUCUGUCUGCCUCUGGCUGUAUGCGAGAGAGCAGAGCGAUGUGCUUGAAGGCCUACGCUGGACUCAUAGGAACCAUCAUGACUCCCAACUACGUGAGCAACAGCAGCACGGAAGUGUCCCAGUGGUGCACGUGUGAGGGCAGUGGGAACGAAUGGCAGGGCUGUCAGCGCAUCCUACAUAUGUUCAGCAACAACAUGUGUCUGGGCAACGCCAUCAGCUCGAUGGGGAUCUCGGCACCUCCCGCUGUGCUGAACACUCCUGUGCCAGCUUCUCAGCCCUCCCCGCGUGUCUACCAGGAGAGGGUCCAUGUCAGUGUUAAUACUCUCCCAGGAUUCACCAGUAUGGAGGAGAGCGAGGGAGAGGAGCAGGUUGAGGAAGAGAAUGAUGAGUUCAAUGCUUUCCCGCCUUAUUCUGAGAAGGACUCUAACACUGAAUCAAGGGCCAGAGGGAGCCAGCAAGGGGCAUCUAGUCGAGGAGCACCUCUGCUACCAUUACUGCUCUUGCCCACACUCAUCCUGGACUGGAGUUGCUGGGGCUACUGAGGCCUCCAUCUCAUCCUCCGCUCAUAUUCUACACUCGCUACCACUUUCAAAUCCAUCACAGCACUCCGAAUGAACCAUAAAGGACAUUGGUGAGGGAGAAAUGGAAAUGAUCCCUCUUAACAUUUCUUAUUCUUUCACUUUUUCUUAAAAAGAAUUCUCCUGACUUCAUUCUGUUUCUUCUAUCACUGCCUCCUCAAGUGUUGAAAGAUACUAUGUCGUCCUGCAGCAUCUACUGUGUCCUUGCCUGAAAGCCCACGAAAAGGAAGGGAACAAUGUGAGCAGAUAGUUGAGUGCAUGGGUGAAUUGAGAAGUGCUGUCUGGGCAAAAUACUCCAUCUAGAGCCUGCUUCACACUCAAAGUGCAUCCCCUCUUUUAACAAGAAGCACAUUGCCCAAGGCCACAUCCACUAUACGUGCUCCCGAAACCCAUAACCAGUCUACUCCUCUGCAAGCGGACCUGAGCACGGCUUUUGAUUUCUAUUUCAUGACUCAUGUCCCAUCCAUUUCUCUGCUGCCCCUUCAGCUCUUUCUCUCCUUCACACUGUGGUUGACUAAGAUAAUCCCCUUAACAACAAGCUAAUAAGAAACUGCACCACACUCACAGCUGCUUUGUAGAACAAAACUAUUAAAUAAAAAAUGUAAUGCUUUGUCACAUUAUGUAUACGAGAGAUCAUAGCCGUCUCAACCUUUAGUUCUUUUAACUUUGUGCACCUGAAAGCAAAGUGCAACAGUCACUCCGCUCAGCUUCUUUUGUCAACCCGCCACUUAGUAUUUAUCCUACAGGGGUAAAUGGCUGAGAAUUCCAACCACGGGCAAAAGAACUGAGAUCAAAUUCUAUUCUAUUGUAGACGUGAUGAGCGGAGAAAAGCAACAUAAGCAAUUACAGCACAAUUCAAAUUGCUCCGCAUGCAGGGGAAGUCUGGAGUAAGGCUCAGGGGAGGAGAUAGCCAAUUUACUGCUGUCAUACCCUCUUACUUUUUUAUCCUUAAGAGAUGUGUUUUUAGGGCUCCUUCCCCAUCACGGGCUGUGAAUGUUGUAAGAGCGAGAUGGGGAGAUGGGGACGGACACAGGAGGCCGUAAAGCCUGCUGGCUGCUCUGAUCAUUGAGCAGCACAUUGAGCCAUUAUCUCUGCCUGAAGUAUCUUUUGCUGAUGUUAAUGAUUUUCUCUCUUAUGGCUCAUUUUCUUGUGAAAUUGCGCAGCUGCAGGGAUGUAGGUAAAGAGAAGCAUAGUAAAGGUUUUUUUUUUUUUAAAAGAUGGAUAAACUUUUCUAAUUUGAGGAUAAGUUUGCAAGAAAUAACCGGAACUGUAUAAGGAAACUUUCCUAUAUUCAUUGUUGUUCAAAGCUAUUGUUGUGUGUUAUAUUUAAAGUGAUGGUGAUGCAGUCCGCUCGCCUUGCCGUCUCCCAAAAAUAACAGAUAUGACCAUUUCCAAAAAACAUAUCAGUAAGUUAAAAUCAUUGGUUUACUGUAAAAGACAAAAGCCACAGUUUGAGGUGCAGUGUUUUUAAAGUACAACUAGGGUGCACACUUCUGCCAAGGCCCAAUAGUCCCCUGAUAUAAAACCAUGUUUCUAUAAAACCAAACUUAACUUCAUCAGGUUUUUAUUUGGAUCUGCCUCUAAAUAAAUACAUUUUCUCUGUUGAAAAUUUUGAUAUGUUAAAGAAAAGUAAAAUGUAUGAAUAUAUGAAAAUAUGAAAAUGUUUCCUCUAUGGGGGAGGUAUUAAGAUGUUUAAUAACCACUUGAGGAAGCCUUUUACUUUUUAUGCCCCCAGCACCGAACCAAACUUGUUUACAUGAUGUUUAAUUGACUCUAAUACUGAUUAUUUGAUUGGGACUGAAAAGGCAGAAAUGCACAGGGAGCGAUAUGAGUUAUGUCCACACUUGUUCCUCAAGCUUAUUCUUAGUUGGACUAGAAUGGAUGCUGGUGGGGGUUACCAGACUUCCAGUGACUCUUACCCACUUCCGGGUAAAAUGACACCAUGCGUCUUUGUGACCAUUCUCUUGCUGAGAGUUUAGCUGCAGGAGGUUAGGAAGCGGAUGACGAAAAGUCCACUUAACAAGGCUCUGAAGUGUGACUGCCAGCUUAGGUAUAGAAACGACCCUGCAAUGCUUAAGAAAAACAUUUGACUGGGACCCUCAUAUAUGAUAUAUAUAUAUGCCAGAUGACAGAAGAUGCAUAAAGAUGCUACAAAAAGAAAAGCCGUCACUGUGUCGUGGUGCAGCGUCACUGAUGCUGCCGAUUUCAAUCAAUUCAAUUCAAUUCAGAUUGAAACAGCAUCCAGGGGCAAGUCUCAAUAACUACAUCCAGUGUGGUUGUUUAUAUCUGUAAACUAUGUAAAGUAACAUCAAACAUGGCUUGUUUUAUUUUUUUGAUGGGUUAAGAAAAAAAAAGCUUAUUCUCUAUAAACCAAUGAACAUGAACAUAUGAAUAUCCCUAAACUUUUCUUUCCUUUUUGUUUUAGGUUGUAUCUUGAAUAUCCAGUUGAGAGAAGUAAAGUUUCACACACUGACCUUGUUUUGAAGAUGUAUCCAACAUGCCAAAUAAUGCUGAACACAAUGUGUAAUAACUGUGUAAUUUUGUGACAUAGCUGGAAGUGUGCUGGUUUGUUAAAAGAAGAAUAAAAUUCACACUGGAA